AUGCUUGAGAGUCUUUCGAAACUUGGCCAUGUUGGCCCCACCCUGCUGCACCGCUUCGAAAAGCUGGGACCAGUGGCCGUGACGGCCGUGGCCGUUUUUGGCUCGGUCGCGUUGCUCGCCGCGCUAUACCGCCCAUUCCGCGAAGUGCUCGUCUUUAGCUACAACUGUUUUCUGCAGCCACUCGGCAAGACGUCGAACCAGGCUGAGCGCCUGGACCGCUUCUACGAACACCAGGCGGGGGUGUACGAUGCAACACGCACGGGUCUCUUGCGCGGCCGCAAGACGAUGCUGAAGCUGUGCGCUGCCGAGAUGCGCAAAGUCCGUGCGACGCACCCCCAGAAAAAGCUUGUGUGGGCUGAUAUCGGCGGUGGUACCGGCUGGAACAUCGAGGUGAUGAGCCAGUACAUGCCCCUUGCGGAAUUUGAUCAAAUUUACCUCAUCGACCUGUGCGAGCCCUUGCUCGAGAUUGCGCGCAAGCGUUUUGCACGCAUGGGUCUGACCAACGUGCAAGUGCUGUGCCAGAACGCGAAAGAGUUUACGCUGCCGGGGCUGGCACCCGGGCAGAAAGUGGACCUGUUCACCUGCUCCUACUCGAUCUCGAUGAUGCCGCCGUUUUAUGCCGUGCUCGACCGCAUCAACGCAUUGCUCGACUCGGUCACGGGUGUGUUUGGCGUAGCAGACUUUUACGUCUCGAGCGCCGAGUCGACCUCGGACCAGAGCACGCUGGUAGGUGGCUCGGUGCGCCGCCAGUGCCACUGGCUCAACGGCUGGUUCUGGCGCAACUGGUUCUCGCUGGACCACAUUGAGCUGCAUCCCGCGCGCCGCGACUACCUCGAGCACAAGUUCGGCACGAUCAAGUGCUUCAAUGGCCGCAACAACUUCAUCGUUCCCUACCUCGUCCGUAUUCCGUACUACAUCUGGCUCGGCGUGUCGCGUGAGCGCGACACGAGCAAGUCGGUCCAGGCAUUCGAAGUCGAGGCGGGAAACAAGGUCGUCGUUCUCCCGUCCUUCCCUGACGUUGCGCGCACGCGGUUCCAAAUGGAGCCCGGCCAAAAAGACGCGCAAACCCCGCAAAAGGACUUUGCCGUGCAGUGGCCGCGCAGCUCGUUUCACUACCAGGACAAGCAGUGGCGCCUCCCGUUUGUGGACGACCGCUUCAGCGACAUGUUCCGCACGUGGAUCUAUGGGUUCACCUGGGAGGACCCCAAGGUGGACAUUGAGUUCCUCGACAUGGGCCCCCAAGACUCGAUUUUGUGCAUCACAAGUGCAGGGGACAAUGCACUCCACUAUGCAUGCACCGCCAGGCCCCACAGGAUCCACGCCGUGGACAUGAACCCCUGCCAGGGCCAUUUGCUCGAGCUCAAGCUCGCCUGUAUUGCCUCGCUCGACUACGACACGUUUUGGAACAUGUUUGGCCACGGCAAGAUUGACAACUUUCCCGACCUGCUCGAUGGUGUCAUCUCGCCGUACCUCUCUUCGCAUGCGUACCAGUUCUGGCGCAUGAACAAUAGCUCGUUUGACCGCGCGUUUUACUUCCGUGGCUACUCGGGCCAUGCUUUGCGCCUCGCCAAAAUCGCGUUCAGGCUCAUGGGCGUGCGCAAAGACGUGGACAGAAUGUGCACGACCGACACGCUCGAAGAGCAGAAGAAAAUGUGGGACACCAAAGUGCGCAAGACGAUUAUUAACGAGACCUUGAUCCGCCUCUUUUUGUCCAACCCCGCCUUUCUUUGGAACGCGCUCGGCGUCCCGGUCAACCAAAUCAACAUUUUUAAGGAGGAGGGAAGUGUCCAGCAGUUUGCCAUCGACACGCUCGAUCCGAUCCCCAGCCGCGCCCUGCUUUCCAAUGACAACUACCACUACCGCCUUUGCCUCAUGGGCAACUACACGAAAGAGAGCUGCCCAUUGUACCUCAAAAAGAAGGCGUUCGAACAGCUCAAGGCCGACAACAGCGCCGCGCUCGACUCCUUCCGCCUGCACACGGACUCGAUCGUGAAUGUGCUCCGUGGACUGCAGGACCACAGCUUGACCCGUGCGAUUCUCAUGGACCACAUGGACUGGUUCGACCCCAUCCCCCCUUCGAGGCCGCUGCCUUCGCUCGAGCAUGCGCGUGACGACAAUGAAAAGUCAAUUUCUGACUUGGACCGCGAGGUGGUCGAGCUUGCGCGCGUCAUCAGCCCCGGCGGCGCCGUCUUUUGGCGCAGUGCUGCCAAGCAUCCUUGGUACGCACAGCGCUUCGAGGCAGGUGGAUUCCGCGUCACGCCUCUGCAAAUUCGCGGUACGGAUCGUGCGAUUGAUAACGUCAACAUGUAUGCUUCGUUCUACAAGGCCGAGCGUGUGCAAUAG